ACGAUGCAUGUACACCAAUAACGACAUGAUAGUUUUGAAGUUUGAUGAUAUUUUAAUGAGUGAGUUUGAUAGCCUUGGAUAAAUAGUAAAACGAACUUUGGAUGGACUAAAUUUAGAUAAUUCCUAAAGGUACAUAUCGUAUUAAAAGACUCGUAAUGAUUUUGUUCUUUUGUGGUACAAUAACGUCGAAAAAUGUGCUCCUGUUUUAUGUGUUUCUUAAGUAAGUUGAAAAGGAAACAACGUCAAAUACGCCAAACGUUACGCUAUAACCAAUGACGUCAUACUACACGCCGGUUAAAAAAUUUCAAAAUGGCGACCCAUUUUUUGAAACUAGGCACGAAGAGAAAGAAUCGUGUUUAAAUUAUAAAAAAAUGGAAAUAGCUGACGAAGAAUAUGUUAGGACAUGUGGUGAAUUAACUAGACUAAAAUAAAAAUGGCAUAUCUUUCGGUUCCAACACGUCAUGGCAGUUUAUUUCAAAACGACAAGACAGCUGCGAAAGUCUUUGAGCGUAAACGUGCACAGAAAACAGACGAAUAUUACAACCGACACACCAGAAAAAGCUUUUCAGACGACGGCGAUAGAGUCACGAUCAAUGUCGGCGCCAAAAUAUUCAAAACUCGAAAAUCAACAUUAAGAAAUGUUCCAGGGACCACCCUAUCCUGUUUAGAAGAAUCAAGUGAACAUUAUGAUAGAAUUAAUCAAGAAUAUUUCUUUGAUAGAAAUCCUUUUUUAUUUACAUAUAUCCUUGAUUACUAUCGUACUGGUAGCAUGCACCUCCCCCGCAAUAUCUGCGCAUUAUCGAUAAGGGAAGAGAUCAAAUUUUGGGAACUUGGCGACGGCUGUAUUUCCGAAUGUUGUCGAAAGUUUUAUUUUGACGAACUGGAUGACUACACCACGUAUGAAUUAAUCAAAGAUGAAUUCUACAGUUUACCCACAUAUACUGGCAGUGAAUCUGAUAGCAGCUUGACAAUAGAAAGCAGAUUACAAGAAUUUAGAAGACGAGCCUGGGUAUUCAUUGAUAAUCACGAGUCCUCAAUUCCGGCGAAGGUGUUUGCUGUAAUCUACUACGGCCUCAUCAUCUUGACAAUAUUAAACCUUUUCAUCUCAACAGUGCCGUCAUUGAGGCAGCCAUUGCAGAAGCACGUGCUCAUAAGAUCAGCAGACGACAUUGUACCAGAAUUCGAAUAUUUAGAGAGCAUCAAUGGGACCAUGAAAAUUCUACUCUCGACGGACCCGCCGGACAGUUUGGUUAUCAUAGAUGUUAUCUGUCUGAUCUUUUUCACAGCUGACUUUAUAUUUCGCCUUUUUGUAAGUCCGUCGCUGAGACAAAGUUUCAGGAGUUGGUAUACCCUACUGGACAUACUCUACCUAGUUCCGGCAUGGACUAAAUUAUUGAUCGACGUGUCUUCUCCGUUCUUCUGGCAGCAGGGAUCCAAGAACACGACUCUCUUGAUAAUUCUUGACGCAAUGGUAGUGUUAAGAGUUUUCCGAAUAUUCAGACUUUUUCGCCAUUACCGUGGAUUGCGCGUUCUCCUUUUGGCAGUUAAAGCGAGCGUUAGCGAGCUAAUGCUACUAGUAGUGUUUGUAUUAUUUUCGUUAACAAUAUAUUCUAGCCUUGUGUUUUGUGCAGAACAAUACAGCGAUAACCAAGACGGCGGAAGUGAUACUUUUCAUAGCAUUUUCUACGGACUGUGGUGGGCGUUGAUAACCCUGACUACUGUCGGAUAUGGUGACAUUUACCCUCUGACGACAGUAGGGCGAAUAAUCGCGUGUUUGUGUGCAAUUACCGGUCUAUUGAUAAUUGGUAUGGUGGUGCCCAUAAUCGCCGGCAACUUUCAUCUUUACUACGGAUUUCGUCAUGCCGGUUGUGAAGAUUUCGAACUAUACAAACCUGACUUCGUUCCAACAGAAAGUGAAAAUCCUCUACCGGAUAUAGAAUUCGAUAAUUUCAUUCCAAAGGAUCGUCGGCUAUCAGCACGACCAGCAAGUGCUGAUCACAUAAUCGAACCGUCUAGAUCAGGAAGUCAAAAAAGUGUCAAAGGUUUACAUGGACCAAUUCAGUUGCAAGAUCUGAAGAAUUUAGAAUUCAGAGCUAAAUAUCCGCGUAAUGGGAACUCAACAGCGAUUUCCCCUGAAACACCGGAAGUAACGACCAGCCCGAUAUGAUACAAAGCUCCUAGACGGAGAAUAUCUGUCCACGACAUACGCGAUCUGCAUAGUGACACAGACGACACUGCCUAAUGUAACAAGGCAGACGACAUAAUUUUAUAUUCUCAAGUUUAUUUCAAAUGACUGCAUGUUUCUUCUUACUGCAGGUUAGAUACUUGUUCUAUAGUGCCUAAGUUUUAACAUUCUGUUUCUAGCAUUCGCUUUAAUAUGUUUGUGUAGUUUCGUAUGUAAUAUUGUUUGUUAUCCUGUAAGCCAGAUAAACUAUGGAAAUGGCGGCAUUCAUGAUAAGAUGCACCCGUAUAUCAGAAUGUGUAGUACGAUUGUUUUAUUUGACCCGGAAACACAUCAUGUUAAAGGUAUAAAAAUUAAAUCUUGUCUAUUUCCUGUAUAAUUAUUUUUUUAUUAUAUAACUCCUACUAUAAAUCGCCUUUACAUCUUUUGAGCUAUUGACUGGUCUGUUGUUCAAUACUAAUGUUUGCUGCAUUUAAGAAAAUAAAGCUGAACAUUUA